AUGUUAUUCUCGAAAGGGGUCGUGGGGUUAAGCAAAUCAGUCGAGGCGUCGCACAGGCUCGAUUCAGUCUGUUUUUCAAUUGUCGGUCGAUGAGUUUGCAGAGUGCUCGGUAGUACGAGAAAGAGAGUGUCCAGGUGUGCCACGUGAGUGUCCUAGAGUUCUUUGAUCAGAUCAGUAGAAUGGAUCAGACUGUGAAGAAGCGUGACGUCAAUUGGAUAACCGUACUAUGGUACAUCCAUCUUCACGCUCUGGGUCUUUACGGACUCGUGCUUUUGUUCCUCGAGGCCAAAUGGCUGACCCUGUUUUUCGUUAUCUUUAUCGUCUUCCUAGCUGGAUUGGGACUUACCCUUGGCGCUCACAGACUCUGGGCCCAUCAGUCAUACCAGGCCUCUUUCAUUGUGAGAUUAUUUUUGGUUCUUGCACACACAGUGGCAGGAGUCGGUUCCAUUUACGAUUGGGUCUUGGCCCACAGACUUCAUCACAGGUAUUAUGGAACUGACAAGGAUCCCUACAAUCACAAAAAGGGAUUUAUCUAUAGCCACUUGGUCAGCAAUGUCCUGACGCCUCGUCCCGAUCAAGAGAUUCUGGCAAAGACUAUCGAUAUGCGCGACGUCGAUUCCGACGGAUUGAUUUGGAUACAAAGAAGGCUCUACUGGCCGCUAUUCGUAAUCGUCGGACUGCUCCUACCGAUAAACGCACCUGCCGAAUACUGGGACGAAUCCAUCAAGAACUCAGUCUUCAUCCUGGGCUUCGCCAGACUUGCCAUCACCCUGAACUUAUCCUGGCUGGUGAACAGCGCCAUGCACAUCUGGGGAAUGAAUCCUGGAGACAAAUACCCAGCGGACGACAAUACCGUCUUCAUACUUCAUAAAUCGUAUCAGAUGAAUUAUCAUUACUUGCUACCCUGGGACAGCAAAAGCGGGGAGUUCGGUGGCUACGAUUCUGGCUGCACCACCUUCGUCCUCAAGAUCUGGGAGAUUCUUGGUCUUGUCUCCGGUCUUAAAACCGCAUCGAGCGAGGACGUUAGGUCAGUCUUAGGAAAAAUGGCGACGUCCAAGAUGACGCUUCAGCAGGCACUUGACGAAAUGGAGAGACUGGCUGAGCUCGAGACGAAGAAGGCUAAGCUAAGAUAUCAUCAUGGUUGAAAAAAUGACUGUUGAUCUCAAAAAAAAAAAAAGAAAAGAGAAAGGAGCAACGACAAGUUUCUUAUGGAUGGAAAAUUAUAGCAAUCACGUGCCAUGUACAGUAGCAAUAGUUUCUUUAAAAUUUUGUUUACUCCAGACAUCAUGACACUGGUCCACGUGGUUGGCGACUGUCAAAAGAAAUUUGUAAUGACAGCCGGAAUAAAUGUGUUGUUGCUCGGUCG